CUGCUGCAAGCUCAUUGAUGUUGAUGCUAGUUAGGCCGUCCUGAAGUGACAAGGAUGGCGCCCAGCUAGAACUAAAAAAGCAAAAUAAGUUAGACACUGACACUGAUGCUAAAAUAAAAUGUUAUUGCUGUUGAAAAAUAGUUUGAUAAACUUAUUAUUUGGCAUUCAAAUCCCCCAUAAAUAAAAAAGUUACGCCAAUUUUGAGGCCAUUGUUGAGCUUGUUGGCUCGUUGCACGCAGCAGCGCGGCCAUGGAGGCCUCCGUGAGCGCGGCAGACGUCGAAAACAAUUUUUUUCGGCUUUUGUGACGUGAUAAAUGCCAAGAAAAAAACGUUUUCUUUUUUAGGUUGCGUUCACUGACCACUUGCGGUGAGCUAUUGUAAACAAACGUAUGUUUGGUAUGUUUGCGGCCGCAGGACUGUGGUAGCGUGGUCGUUCUGUGGCGUGGGUCGGUGUUCUGGCAAGUGUUCUGUGGGUCGGUCAAUCUAGCGUGUAGAGCAAGUGGUGGUCAGAGCGCAUUCAAGUUUUACACAUAGACGAGCGCAUAGCGGUCACCGCCACAUAUUAGCAAGAUGGAACCGCAGAAGAAACGGAAAAAGCGCGGAAGGUAUAAAAAGUAUCUGAAUCCAAGCAGUGUAUGCAGUGUGCCCAGAUCAACAGACUCAUCAGCUAGGCUGCGGCUCGCUAAAACUGAAUCCAUAAAGGAUGGCUCACACAAUAAAAGUUCGGAUGAAGGUCCGCUGGAUUCGCGGCCGCCCGUCGGUCAAGCGGAGUACACGGUACCGCAAAAUGCGACAUCGAUGGCCGCUGCGGUGUUGGCGGCGGACAGUGCUGUGCAGCAUGCGAAUAAUGACGACGAUGGGCAGCGAUUCCGAUGGAGCGAGCAGCCUAUGUUCUAGAACGCUGACAUCUCCGCAGCCAGCCAUUCCGGGUGAUCGAAGUGAACGACAGAGAGAUCUGCAAGAUAUAGAUGAUGGAGGUGAUUACAGUGGAGACUGUGCCGCCACUGUGUAUGAUCCAUGUGGUGCAAAUCAUUUCAUCAGUGAUGAUGACAACACAGAUUUUGGCAGUUGUGAUGACACAACUGACCCUACAACAAUGGGCACUCAACAUGAUACUGUGGACAGCGUGACUCGGGGCGUGUUUCUAUCUGAAUGUAACAGUGAAGUGUGUGAUGUGGCUGAUGGCAUAGACAGUGAGGGACCUUUCAAUGGAAACUUGUCAACCGAUGCCGACACAAACAGGACACAACUUGGAGAUUUGUUUCAGGAGGUCCUGAAUGAAAAGAUUGUCGUUUCAAAAGGCGAGAUGCUUUUGAUGAUAUUUAAACAUGCCAUAAAAAGUAAUUUGUCUUUUACAGCAAUGGUGAGUUUGAUUGAAAUGGUCAACAUGUUUUUUGAACGACCUGUUCUGCCACAUUCACGAUACCAGCUUGGCAAGCUUUUUUCAGAGCAUGGCACCGAGAUGAGUUUUCAUUUCAUUUGUGGUAAAUGUUCGACAGUGCACGAGGUCGCACAAUCCUAUGCUCAGUCGAGUCAUUGUCAAAAAUGUGGCUGGGCUCUAGCUUCCUCAGUAAACAGCGAAUCAUUUUUUGUCCUAUUGGAUGUCCCCUCUCAACUUCGAAAGGUUUUAAAGAAUUGCAGCUUUCUUGACCUGACAAAGCCCUUAAGUCAAAGCAGUAACCUUUCUGAUAUUUGUGAUGGAGAAUUAUAUCGCAAAUUUGUUUCUGCUACAGUAGACGAAGGGCACAGGAUUAGCUUUACAUUAAAUGCAGAUGGCACACCACUAUUUUCAUCCAGCAACACUUCAAUUUGGCCUAUACAGCUACUGGUGAAUGAGGUGCCCAUUAUGCAAAGAGGGGACAAACUUGUGUUGGCUGCUCUUUGGUUUGGAAAGAAAAAGCCAGAUAUGAGCAUUUUUCUUGAUGUGUUUGUAGAGAAAAUGGAAGGUUUGGCACAGAAUGGCUUUGUUCUUGAUCAUGAAGGACAGCCGAAGCUGUUCAAGGCUUAUUGCAUUUGCUGUGCAGUUGAUUCAGUGGCAAGAGCCCCCAUGCAAGGGGUCAUGCAAUUUAAUGCAUACUAUGGGUGUAACUGGUGUCUGCAAAAGGGGGAACGCAUUGCAGGCACUACCAGGUACCCAGUAGAGAAGAAUGAGCCACCAGAGCGUUCUGAACAAGAAAUUAUGGAAGAUGCAGAAACUGCAUUGCAACAGGAUCAUUCUGAAAGAGGAGUGAAGACAGUUUCUCCACUUCUAAACUUGCCACAUUUUGAUAUAGUCUGGGGUUUUGUCCCCGAUUAUAUGCAUAGUAUUUUGUUGGGAGUGGCGAGGCAGUUUUUAGAGAUGUGGAUGGCUGAUGCACAGUGUGAUUUCUAUAUUGGGAAGCAUCAAAGAACGAUUGAUGAAAGGCUGACAGCACUGGCUCCUCCUAGAGAAGUGCGCCGGUUGCCAAGAGCAACAAAAGAAAGAAAGUGGUGGAAGGCCAAGGAGUUUGAGAAUUGGGUGCUCUUCUACAGCCUGCCAGUGCUGCAAGGAAUUUUGAAUAAAUCUUGCAUCAGUCACUGGGCUUGCCUUGUUGAGGUGCUUCACAUUCUGCUGUCACGUAACAUAAGUUUGUCACACUUUCAGCGAGCAGAAGAACUCCUUUUGGAGUUUCACGUCAUGGCAGAAGCCAUAUAUGGGAAAAAAUGCAUGACAUUUAACCUACAUCAACUUGUGCACAUUGCAAAAAGUGUCAAGCACUGGGGCCCACUGUGGGCGCAUUCGGCAUUCCCGUUUGAAGCUGGCAAUGGCGCAUUAAAGUCCAUGGUAAAAGCUGCAAAUGGCGUACCACACCAAAUUUGUAGAGCACAUCAAGUUGAGGACUUGAUCGACAAGCUAUCAAGCAUAACAACAGACAGGAGAGUGCUUGACUACUGUAUGUCGCUCGACAAAAGAGCCACACAGAAGACAGUUGUUGCUGAAGACAUUCGCCUUUUUGGUAGGGGUGUCCCAUACAGAAGUGAUGCUUCUACAGAUCUUGUGCAGUACACCCGUAUGCUUAUGAAAGGGACAGUAUACACGAGCCAUAACUACUCGUCAAAAAAAAAGACUAACAGUUCUGUCGUACGCCUUGCUGACCAAUCAUAUGCGGUUAUAGAAACAAUUCUUAUGAAACAAGGCGAAGUGUACAUUGCAGCCAGGCGCCUCCACUGCUCAGCAGUAAAAUAUAGCACCUUAGUGAUGGAACAUUUGGUGAAGGUUCAAAGAGAAGCAGCAACAACAACUCUUGUAUCAGCAUCAGAAAUUUUCAGUGUUUGUGCACACAUGCAAGUAGGCCCGAACAUAUUCAUUUCACCCGUGCCUAGCUCGUUCACAAUGUAAAUUUUCAAAUCUGGUGUGCAAUUCUAAUAGACCAUUUUCAAGCACACCAUCGCCACUAACAAGUGCGGAAGCACUCACGGGUAAAGUUGGUAUGCCAGAGCAGCCAACGGCAAGAAGUAUGCGGGCCUCACGCUUUACCGCUUGCGUCAUUCCAGGACUUCUUAGAGACCUUGAAUUUGGCUAGGUGCAACAUAUUACUGCGUAAUUCAAUUGCGAACUUCAGUGUUCAGCUGCGAGGGCUUCUCGACUAUUUCCAUCAGUCUCACUAUAGGAUUUUUUAAGUGGCUCAGAAGUGUCAUCCCCCUUUUGUUUUCCUUUAUGGCAAAAAAUGAAAUAAAAUAGAUACACUCUGUUGCCUAUGAAACGCUCGAGCAGUCCUACAUUUGGAACCAAUGUCCACUGACACUGUCUACGAGUAGAAUGUGAGGUUCUGAUUUUGAAGAGUUCUAUAGAAAGUAUAGUCCGCAUUUAAUAAAAUAAGAUACAAUCACUGAACGGCCGUGUGUGUUGCUUGCACCAUAUGUGAUGAUUUGAUUUGUGGGGUUUAACGUCCCAAAACCACGAUAUGAUUAUGAGAGACGCCGUAGUGGAGGGCUUUGGAAAUGUCGACCACCUGGGGUUCUUUAACGUGCACCCAAAUCUGAGCACACGGGCCUACAACAUUUCCGCCUCCAUCGGAAAUGCAGCCGCCGCAGCCGGGAAUCGAACCCGCGACCUGCGGGUCAGCAGCAGAGUACCUUAGCCACUAGACCACCGCGGCGGGGCUUCCACCAUAUGUGUAACGAACGAUACGUGUCUACUAACCUUCAUUGGCACUAUAACUACAAGUUGGGAUUGUACUAGAGCAAAUAAAAAGCAGGACAAAAAAGGGGAUACAAAUUCUCUUACAUAUAUCAAUUAAUUCAAAUAUUUGUAGCUUCUUCAUUAUUCACGGGCAAAGUACAUCCAUAUUUAUCUUUCUUAGCCUUGCCAACCAAUUUUUGCAGACAGAUGCAACAAUGCACAGGAUCCCCUGCCUCUUUGAGGCAAUCGAUUUGUAGCUGGAAACUACUGCUCAUUUUAUGUGAGCAAGUUUUUUUUUUUGAUGCCGUGUGUAGCAUGACGUUACAAUACCUCGUUUAGCAAUAUUCGAAUGCUCUGACAUGAAAUUAAGACACUGGUUUCGAUGAACCAGUCGUGCAACCUAAAAUCAGGUACCAAGAAACAGCAAAUUAUCAUAGCAAGGAACCUCACAAAUAAAUUCUAGUUCCGUUCCUUUUUAAACGCAUUUAGAAUGUGCUCACUUCUUUGCACAGUGCAAAGAAGUGAGCACUUGUGAAUUAAAAUAAAAUAAUCACUGUACCUAAACACUGUAAAACCUUUCUGCUGUUUUGUUAAACCCGAUCAUGGACAAUUAAUUGUUAAUCGUUGAACAAGUAAUCAUUUAUAAUUAUGGAUUUGGUGUUCCAGCUCCCACUGCUCACGAUAGCACGUUUUGACUUAUGUAUCGGCAUGUGAUCAUUCAUUCGCGUGCCGACUGUAUCAUUCCUUUAGCAUUUAAUGUGUAGAUAUACAUGCAGGUGCGUUCAGACAUGUAUAGUAUUUUGGAUGUAAUAGUCAACAUUUGGGGAUGCCUCUUAAUUUUUCUUUUUUGUUCGGUGCUCCCACGGCACCAACGAGCAGCGGGUGAUCGAAAACAGCUGGCGCGUUUGACCGAUUCAACGUACACACUUUUCCCAUAGUGCUUCCCAUGCCUGCGAGGGCUCUGGGAUUGCUUGAAAAUGGUCUAUUUGUUUUGCACUGAGGGGACUCGGCAUGCUCAUAUGGUUCAGAUGUGCUAAGGAUAUUUAUGAUUAAAUUGACACUAGAUAAAACUGGUAUCCCAUCUUGGUGAAGUGCUUAUCCUUACCACUUUUUCUGUACAACUCGAGAGCUCUCCUAACUGGUAUGUGGCACAUUAUAUGAGCAUUCGAGUUUUUCUUUAGAAGGGCUUGUAUGCUAAUUGUCACUAUGUGAUUGCGUCAUUGUAACUGUUGUAUUAUAUGUUGUAUAUUCUUUUUUCAAUGUGCAUUUUAUGAAAUGCCAUAAUCAAGGAAGUUAAGACAUUUGCUUAGGGAGCAUAGGGACUCGGGUUUAAAUCGCACUAAUAGAGUGAAAAUUUGUUGUUGUUUUUUUCAUUUGUAUUUUUAUGAUUGUCCUAAGUCACAAAGUGACAUAUACUCUUUUCUUCUUGUCCUUGCAUAUAAUUGCUAGUGCUUGAAGUUCGGUAAAAUUAUGAUUUCAGCACUGCUCAUUGUCGCUAUGUUAUUGCAACAUUGCAACUAUCAUAUUGUAUGUGCUAUUUUUUUUAAUAUGCAUUUUAUUAAAUACCAUAAUCAAGGAAAGAAAAAUGGGUUUGUAGCCCACUGGUUAAAGGGGUCCUGACAAAAUUUUGUGGCUGAGACAGCCUGCAAGGUCGAUUCCCGUGAGCAUUUGUAUAUCAUCUGCAAAAUAUCAACUGCAAAUAUAGGUUGGAAGGUAUUUUAAAUCGAUUUUGGAAGUUUGCAUCUUGCCACUGACACCCUCGAAGGGAAACCUUUGAAGACCCCCUACUUCCCUUCAGUCACCAUGCUGCAGUCAAUAAAACAAGUUAUGAUGACAUCAUAGCUGCCUUUUUUGUUGCGUUUGUUAUCGGAGUCUAUACUUCUUGGCGGCUGCUUGGGAGUGCUUCGCUGUGGCACACGCUUUGAAAGUUUUGUGUUUGGCGACAUUGCAGUCAGGUUUACUAUUCGAAAGUAAUUCUUGAUGUGGACUGUACAGAAGUGUGUCACAGUUCUUUGUGCUGACUUGAUCAAGAGCUGCAUACUCUAGGUAGCGAUAGUUGCCCCUGGUGGCUUCUCGUUUUUUGGAGCUCUUUCAAACUGAUACUGAAAGUGGUCAAUUGUCAGGGGCCUGUAAUUAUCUGUCCCGUGCUGCAGCAAAUUAUGUGUCGUGUCAUGACUAACAGGCCCCCAGCAACACAUUGCAGCUGAAAAAUGCGAGGCCAAUGUUUUUGUGUCAGUACCCCUUUAAGGCAUUUGUUUAAAAGCAUGGGGGCUCAGGUUUAAACUGCAGUAAUUGAAUGAAAAUUUUUGUGUUAUGUUCAUUCGUAUUUUUAUAGGGAGGACUGUUUUAAUUCUCUUGUUGUUCUGGCAUACAAUUGCUACUGCUUGAAGUUCAGUGAAAAAUGAUUUUGCCGACAACACCUUACUAGUAUUGGUGAUUGAGUUUCAUUGCUCUGGAACCUUGAUGUUGUAUUGCAAGUGUUGUGAAAAAAAUGCACCAAGAUAGAUACAAAGGGAGUGUCUGCUGCUUACUUUUGUUGUACUUUUUGUACUAAUAAACGUUUGUGUGACCUGAU